GUCGCUCGGUGGCUUGCUGCUCCGGCUUCUCUAUUACCGAAAAUGCCGCAACCCAAAAUCAGCUCUUUCUUCCAACCCUCCCAACAGCCACAUCCGUUUCAGAAGGAGAUAAAACAUUGGGAUCUUUUCUCUGGAGUGUUCGAUCCAAAUCCCCCAGUAAAAUUAGGUUUAAAGGACAACAUUCUACAUCCCAAGAGUAAUUCUGACGAGUUUCCGCCAUCGAAACGUUAUUUUGAGAACAAAAAGAUUGGCAUAUCGUCAAAAGACAGCAGAAAUUUCAGUAAGAAGAGAAGAUGCGAACAAUAUCAUUUGGAUUUAGGACAAUCGGAUUUCAUGCUGUGUGCUUGUUCUUUAUGUGGACUGAUGUAUGCUCGUGGAGUAGAAGAGGACGAGCAGGUUCACCGUAAGUUCCAUCAGGACUAUGAGAGGGGAAUUCGUUUCAAGGGUUGGCAGAAUGAGAGAGUUGUAGAUGGUCCAUGGAUUAAUGGGGAUCGCAUCUUACUGGUCUUGGAUACUGACUCGUCCGCUCAAAAACGCUUGGUUCAAAAGGUGGUUAAGGCGACAAAGAAGGAACUUGGGUUUGUUGAUGAUAAUAUCCUCCACGCGCUUUGUAAGGUUUAUCUCUUUAUUUCUGCCCAUAGAGUUGUUGGAUGGCUUGUUGCUGAACCCAUACGAACAGCCCAUAGAGUUAUCCCAACCUCUUUCUUUGGCAAUAAAAGCACAGAAAUCUCUACUAUUGACAAAAUGGACCUUACAGAUACAAAGAAAUCAAAAGAAACCACUCUUCAGUUCGGAGAUUUCAGAUUCUGCAGAGAAUCUGUAAAGAAUUCUUGCCCCACAACCAGCACCAAAUUGAAAAAAUGGGACAGUGGUGCUAUAAUCUGUGAGGAGAAUGCUCUUUCGGCCAAGUGCGGCCUUAUGGCCAUUUGGGUGGUGCCAUCCAGUAGAAGGAAGACAAUUGCCACUCAGUUAUUGGAUGCUGUUAGGAAGAGUUUCUGCGCAGGAGAAGUUUUGGAGAUCUCAGAGUGUGCAUUCUCUCCACCUACCUCAGCAGGGUUGGCUUUUGCUUCCAGUUAUACAAACAGCAGAUCAUUCCUUGUUUACAGAGCAGAUGAUGUUUGAAUUCCAGAAAAAAAAUCGCUUGCAGGAAGACAUCUCAUUCGAGAAGCCAGCAACUGGCAGGGAUGAAGAAAAAAAUCAGCCCAUAAAGAAAAAUGAAUACCUAUGCACGAAGCAAUGACUAAGUUUCAAUCUGCUAAGAUAACAAACUUCAUUCCAUGUUCGAGCAAAAAGGAUGUCUUUCAAGGAAAAAAGAAACGGGCGCGUUUGGGGGAGAGAUCAGAGAGCGUCGCGGCAUCCUACUGGCGAAAAUCACAGCCUUGGGGCGCGGCAUAGGAGCUUCGCGGCCACCGCAUGGGAGAAUUUUGCAAAAAGCGGGCAGCGGGAUCAACCCCACGGCCCGUGUUUCGCGAUUCUGAUUGUACCAGUUGACCCUUCGAUCGAAGGUUGGAUCGUUCGGGGUUGUUACGCGAAAGCAAGCAAGUUCGGCUCGAUCUUUCCUAAGCUUCGAUAAAUAGCUGACGCUGCUGCGACAACGACACAGACGAUGAAUCCUUUUGGUUUUCUUGCAACGAUUGCAGUCCUCUCACAGAAGAUUGCAGGCCUUCUUGCACACGAUUGCAGAUCCCCUUCUCGUAGACUUCUUGCAGACAAUCACAGAUCCCCUUCUCGCAGUUAUUCCUUUAGUUCGACACUAGUGAGCUGGAUGGUUACUACAUUAUCUUAGAGUGAGCUAUCCCAAAAACUUAUCAGUUCUUCUAUGCACUUGAGUUCAAGAUCAAAUGAUUUUUUAUCCAUUCUUCAACAAAAUUCUUUUUGUUCUGUAUUUUAUUUUCACCUGAAAACAUAGGUAUUACCGGCUGUGUAAAUAUUUCGUAAAUUCCAAUCUUUAUGAUUUUGAGCAUUAUAGUUGGAAUAAGGCUAUUAUGGAUAACA